AUGGAAGAUAAUAAUAAUAAUAAUAAAUUUAAAAAUGAGGAAGAAUUAAAUCCACUAUCAUUUUCUAGACAUAGUAUUAGUGGCAGUAGUAAUAAUAAUUUCCAAAAACAUCAACAACAACAACAACCAGUAAAUAAACCACAAUCAAUAUUAAAAACACCUACAAAUAGAGAUUCAGUUAAAGCUAAACCGACAUCUCUUUCUUUGUCAACAUCUUCAACAUCUUCAUCUUCAUCAUCUUCAUCAUUAUCACUAUCACCUACUUCUAGUUAUUCACCUUCAACAAUUUCAUCAAAAGUUGGCGGAACAUCAAAAUUAUUAUCAACAUCUGAUUUAGUUACACCAAUCAAAUCUAGUGCUAAUAAUAAUAUAAAUUUACCAACCUUUUUAAAUGAAUCAACACCACUUCCAAGUCAAACACCAGGAACAAGGAAUAGAGUUAUGAUGUCUGAUAUUAAACCAACUGUUCAUAUUUAUCCCUCAACACCUAUAGAUAAAAUUAAACAACCAACAACCAUUAAACCAAAGAAUACAAAUGGUGGUCUAUUUAAUAUUAAUAAAUUUUUAAAUCGUAGUAAUCAUUUAAAUUUAAAUGAUACAACAAUUAUUGAUCAAACUAUGAAUGAUAAAAAUUCUGAUGAUGAUGAUGAUGAUGAUGAUAAUAAUAAUAAUAAUGAUAAUUAUACAGAGGAUGAAAAUAAAAAUAAAUCAUUUUUCUCAAGCACUAGUAGUAAAUUUUAUAGAAAUAAUAAUAAUAUAAAUAAUAAUAAUAAUAAUAAUAUAAAUAAUAAUUAUAAUUUAUCACCAACAUCAGAAUAUUAUCCAUCAUCAUCAAUAUCAUCAUCAUCAUCAUCAUCACUAUAUAAAACAACGAUUGGUGGUAGUGAUAAAAUAAUUAAAAAAAGAAAACCAAUAAUUAGAAAGAAAUCAUUAAUUACAAAAAUUAAAGAAACUAUAAAAUAUCCAAUUAAUAAAUUAGAUAAAAUUCAAGAAGAUAUUGCUACAUUUCAUGAUAAUAAAUAUUAUAAAACUUUAAUAUAUUGUUUAGCAUUACUAUUGAAUUUAAUUCUAUUUAGCUAUGCAAUUGAUUUAAUUAGUGGUUUAUCAAUUGCUUUAGUAUUAUUAUCAAUUAGUAUAAUCAAUUCAAUAUUAUUUUUUAAAUCAUCAAAGAAAUCUUAUCUCUAUAGAUUCGAAGGUACUCAAUUAGGUCCAAAUAUGUCAAUUGAACAAAUUGAAUCAAUAAUUCCUACUAGUGGUGCUUAUGGAAAUGAAACAAAAGAUAAUGUUGUAGUUUUAAAAAUUUGGAAUCCAAAAUUUCCUUCAAAAAUUUUAUUCAAUUUCUUUAGUCCAUUACAUGUUUUAAUGAUGAUUUUAUCAAGUCCUGAAUUUGAAAAAUUUUUAACUUUUACAAUUUUAUCAAUUAUAAUUUCAUUAAUGUUUUAUUUCUUUGGUGAGAUGUAUGAACAAAAGAUAAGAGAUGAAAAAGUUUUAUUUUCUCAAGUUUGUUUAGAAUAUAAUCAUUUCAUGAAAGUAAAACCAUUAUUAAAAGAUAAAAGUACUCAAACAAUUUCAACUGGUACUGAUAAUAAUAAUUCAAAUCAACUUUUUAAUAAUAAUAAUAAUUUUAAUAAUUUUAAUAAUAAUAAUUUUAAUAAUAAUUUUAAUAAUAACUUUAACCCAACCAUACCUCAAAACUAUAAUAAUAAUAAUAAUAAUAAUAAUAAUAAUAAUAAUAAUAAUAAUAAUAAUAAUAAUAAUAAUAAUAAUAAUAAUAAUAAUAAUAAUAAUAAUAAUUUAAAAUAUUAUUAA